GGGCAGGUUUCCCAGGCAGCUGACAUGAGAGGAUCCCCYUUGUUCCUCUGCCUCUUCUCUGUGUCUUUCUGGGUGACUUUGAUGCCAACAACUGGGGACAAAAUCUUCCAUUUUGGAGCCUGCAGRGUGUCCAUGAGCACGGCAGAGAUCAGGGCUGGCUUCACAGCAAUUAAAGCCAAUAUUCAAUCCCGAGAUCCCGUCCGGAGCCUGAGCAUCCUCUCCCACCCGCACCCCUUGAACAGGGUUAAGUCUUCAGACAGAUGCUGUAUCAUCCAUCACCUCCUCACCUUCUACGUGGACAAAGUUUUCAAGCACUGCACCACCGAGGAUUCAUUUGUGAACAGGAAAAUCAGCAGCAUCGCUAAUUCCUUCCUGAGCGCCAGGAGGAAGCUGGGGCAGUGUCGUGAGCAGAAUAAUUGCGAAUGUGGGGAGGAAUCCACAGAGAAAUUCAAGCAAAUACUCACAAACUACGAAGGGCUGAAUGUCACAUCUGCAGCCAUGAAAUCGCUGGGGGAGUUGGACAUCCUCCUGGACUGGAUGGAGAAAUCUCGUUAGUGGAUGGUGUUAACGAGCCAGGGAUGAAGAGGGACAAUAAAUGACAGCAUCAGUGCAGCUCCUCAGCAAUUCCAGCUGCCCUCAGUCAGACUGGGAGUGUUUUCCUACCCUGGACAUCAGCAGAGCCUUCAUUACGG